CGCAACAAACGUUCGACUGUGCUCGUUUUCCUUCGUGUUGUGGCUUCCAGUUUUUCCUGGCUAUGCACUUGGCAUUAUGCCUACUAACCCUAUUUUCGCAGCAGUUCGCAGCGAGUCCCAUUUUUCAACUUGCAUGCGGAUACACACGCACACACACACUCGGUUUUUCCUUUUCCCAGAAACUGAGGCGCAACCCCCACGAAACGGAAAGUUUGUGCAGCGGCAGAACGAACUGUGUUUGUGGCACUCGAAUUUGGGACACAUUCCUGUAAAGGACGCAGCUCCGGUCAGCUGCUUCUCAAAAUCGACAAAAAGGAGUCACAAAAAACGCGCGCGGUGCAUUUAGCCACAAAUCUCUGAAAGUGAAAAUAUAAAUAUUGAAACAGUGAACCCAGCACCGCAAGCACAAGUGAAAUACACUGAAAACAGUGCUUCGUUUAUGUAGAACCUAAGGGAUAGAAAUACGAUUCGGGAAAGGGAAAGCUGCAGCGUUGCUCCUGUUUGCCAAAUAUUGAUUCGCAAGUGUGCCGCUGAAAAAUCGAUUAUUAAAGCCACUUUCCACACAGCUGGUGGUUGUUGUUGCUGCGAGGAUGGAGGUGGUGCCCGAGGUGGUGGUUGCAUAGGGUUGCGUGCCGCGAUGUGGGAAAUCAACAGCAACAUUGGCACAUCCACAUCCAGAUCCAGAGGCACACUUCCAACUGUUUUGACGUGGUCGGGUUCCAAUGGCGCUGGCACUACCGAAUGCUGCAGCGCAGCCUUGCAGCCAUCCAGCGGCGACGCGUUGCAUGUGCAGCAACAACAGCAGCAGCAACAGCAACAGCAGCAGCAACAUCAGCAGCAACAGCAACAGCAGCAACAACAGCAGCAGCAGGAUACGAAAACGAGGAUGACAACGACCACAGGCAAACGCGGAGGACACAGAUACAGAAGCAGGCUCAGUCACCGAUGCACAGCAACAAUUGCUGCAUAUUAGCCAGCGAAGUAAAGUUAAACAUAACCAUAAACCAAAAGACUAGCCGAAAUGUACUCAAAAACCAACACAAGUGGAAAGCAUUAAUCGAAAAGCCAAACUCUAUGCAUCGCACAAAGUCACGUUAAGUAUACGACGCGUAUUUCCAGCUGCAAAACGAACCAAAAACGAACCGAACGAAUCGAAACGCACAGGUGCAUCUGCAGACCCCACUACGCCCCUUUUAGCCCCCAUUUCAAAACCCCAACCCCUCAUUAAGCCACCCCUUCUGGGGUAUCUACACCAAUUGACAAGCAAUCGAGGCAAAGCAGUAUGAAUGAACUUGUUUAGUCGACAAUUUUUUAAGUGCACUUUCGUAAGGCUGAUUUUCAAUUUAUUUCGAUGUUGUGCUUCUACACCCAAAAAACAAAAUAACAAAAUAACAAGUAACAAAUACAAGCAUAGCAGAAGAAACCCAAGCAAUGAACCAAGUGAAAGUGUGAGUGUUUAGUGUUUAAAGCGGACGCGAAACCCGGACAUUUGAGAGCCUUUGUGAGUAAACGGCCGCCACU